AUGGGCUGUGUAACAGCGUGGCAGGUCCUGCUGAUUGUUCAAGUACUUGCCUUCUGUACCGCCAACAGUCCACCAUCUCUAUCUGGCAAAGUAGUGUCCAGGGUGAUUGCCAAACUUGGCAAGAAUACAAAGUUGCAGUGCCCUGCUCAGUCAGACCCUGAGCUGACACAGUGGAAGAAAGAUGGUCAAUCAAUCAAUCCUGGCUGGGAACGAUUCAAGAUGUCACGCGAGGGACAUCUGCGUAUUCAGGAAACAGAGAUGUCGGAUGCUGGCUUGUACACAUGCAUUGCUACAAACGGAUUCGGCAGUAUCAGUAUCAACUAUACAGUUGUUGUCUUAGAUGAAGAAAAUCAGUUGGUGCAGGAAGCAGAUAAGCAGUUCAAACAAACUCCAAAUGAAGAUCUUUCUAAGGAAGGAUCUCCUCCGUACUUUGAAGACAUUGAAAAGAUGAGAGAAUCCAUGAAUUUAGUCAAACCCACUGGGUCCACUAUUCGUCUUGGCUGUCGGGCAGAUGGGAACCCAGUUCCAGAGAUCUACUGGCUAAAAAAUGGGCAUCCCCAUGCUCAAAGUCGUUCACAUUCUACCUUGAAAAUUCAAGACAUAACAGAAGAAGACAGUGGUGCUUAUAUGUGUGUCGCUAGCAAUCGACUCGGAAUGGUCAACUUCACAUACAAUAUCCAAAUUAUAGAUGAGAUUCGACAUAAACCAAGACUAAUUGCACCACAUCCGCUGAAUCAGACAGUAGAAGUGGGAGCCACAGUAUCAUUCCAUUGUUACAUUGAGAGUGUUGUUACACCUGAAGUUCAGUGGCUGAAACGUGUGGACAAACCUGAAGACAUUCCAAACCCAAACAUAACUCUGGUGCAGUACAAGGAGGAGAAGUUUAUGGUGCUAAAGAAUGCAGGAAUCCUGCUGGCCCGUCCAGAAAAUUCCUACCUCAGCAAGCUUGUCAUGCAGAAAGUUCAGGCCAAGGAUUCUGGGAUGUUUGUUUGCUUUGCUACCAACAGGAAAGGAUUUACCACUAGACAUGCAUUCUUAGACAUUCGACCAGGUGGCAGCUUGGGUGGUUCUUCAGGAGGGGACGGCUUAUCAUCUCAUAUGGACGACCAGCUAUCUAGUGACUUUUCGUCCUCCAUUUCUCAAGAUGGCAGUAGUUCAUCUGGAGACUCGUCUGAAGAUUCCAAUUUACCCCUUUUGAUUGGCCUGCCUUCCUGUGCUGUUCUUAUUAUUAUCCUCCUAACUGUGUUUCUCAUGCAGCGCAGCAAUCGUUGUAAACGUUCAGCCACAAAUAACAAAGUGACUCGGCCACCAGUGCCUCCCCAAGAAAGAGAUGCAUUAUCUUACAGUAGCAGUCAACAACAGCAGCAGACCGUGAACCCACUGUUGGCCUCACGUGAAAAACCGCCCAAAACACCAACACCAUCUGUAGAUAUGACCUGUUCAGAGUUUUCAUCAGUGUCCAGAACUCACCCAAAUCCUCAUUAUUAUCACCCUAAUCACAUGAAUUAUGGAUAUUAA